AUCUCUAUUUCUCCUUUGCAAAUGGCUUCUUUGGCAAGGCUUACCACGAUGUUUUCUACGCUUUGAUUUGGUCAUUGCUGACCACUUCAAGAGUUGGCCUUGCCUCCGACAUCAAUUGCUUGAAAUCUAUAAAAGACUCGCUUGAUGACCCAUACGGUUAUCUUAAAGCUUCAUGGAACUUCAACAACAAUACAGAGGGCUAAGGGCUUCAUCUUCUGGUUUACAGGGGUAGAAUGCUGGCACUAUGAUGAAAACAGAGUGCCUAACAUUCAACUAUCCGACAUGAGUUUGAAGGGCCAGUUUCCUCGGAGAAUAAGUGGUUGCUCUAGCUUAGUGGGGCUAGACCUUUCAAACAAUGAGCUUUCUGGACCAAUUCCAUCUGAUAUAUCAAGUAUCCUUCCUUAUUUAACUACAUUUAAACUCUCUUCCAACAAAUUCUCAGGUGAAAUCCCGAAGAGUUUAGCCAAUAUUAGUUUUCUGAAUGUUCUUAAUCUUGACCACAAUCAACUAGCAGGUCGUAUCCCACCAGAAAUUGGCCUUCUUUCUCGAAUUAAGACUUUUACUGUUGCCGAUUAUUUGUCAUACGGUCCGGUACCCAAUUUUUCAUAUAAUUUUUCAAGUGAUAGCUUUGCUAAUAAUCCGGUUCUCUGCGGAGAACCUUUGGAGCCCCGCAAGAGUAUGUCAAAACCAAGUCAUGAUAUCAAAAAUCGUUUCCUUGUUGGUCUGGUGGGUUCUGCUGUUUUAGUUAUCACUGUUUUCAUCUCUUGUUAUGUGGUCUGGACACAAAGGAAGAAGAGGAGUAACAAAAGAAAGCAAAAACAUCAGAUGGAGGAAAUGCCACGUGAAGCUUUUCGUGAAGAAAGCAAGGAGUCUUCUAUCUUGGGGAAACUGGUUUCAAGACUGAAUUAUACAGAAAUCAGUGAAGCAACGAAAAAUUUUAGUGAAGAAAAUGUCAUUGGAAUUGGAAGGAUGGGGACAACCUACAAGGCAGUAUUGCCCAACGGCUGGCUCCUUGCAGUUAAGAGAUUACAUGAUACUUGCCUAUUUGAUGAGCAUUUCAUAACAGAAUUGAAGACCUUGGGUAGAAUGAGGAAUGAGAACCUCUUGCCCCUCCUGGGAUUCUGCAUAUGGUCAAAGGAGAGGCUUCUGGUUUACAAAUACAUGUCAAAAGGAAUUCUUUAUGAUUGGCUACAUCCUGAGAAAGGUGAGGCAAGAAUCAUGGAGUUUGUUUGUACCUGAAACUACAACUGAAUUUGUUUGUCGGGCUUCAACAACUCAAGGAGAGGAGACCAACCUCAAUUUGUCAACAUACUGAAUUCAGAGCAGGAUAGGUACUUGCCUACAAUUUUUUGUUUAUAAUAAAAUAGAUUAGCAAAA